UGCGUGUCAUCCUCAUUCUCUCUCUCUCUCUCUCUCUCUCUCUCCAUAGUAUUCAUCAAGCCUCAUUUGUCUCUCUAUUCUCACUUUUCCAACAACUUCACCUUCAAACUCAUCCCGUGAUUCCAUCUCACACAACACAAAAAAAUGGUGAAGGAUCGUAAAGUAGGCAUAGCAAUGGAUUUCUCAAAAAGCAGCAAAUCCGCUCUCCAAUGGGCGAUCGAUAACUUAGCUGACAAAGGUGAUACCUUCUACAUCAUCCACACCAAAUCUCUUUCUGGCGACGAGUCUCGCAACAAACUCUGGGAGACUUCUGGCUCUCCUUUGAUUCCGUUGGUGGAGUUUCGUGUGCCGGAAGUUAUGGCAAAGUAUGAUUUGAAAACGGAUAUUGAUGUGCUUGAUAUACUUGAUACUGGAGCUAGACAAAAAGAGAUUCAAGUUGUGGCGAAAUUGUACUGGGGAGACGCAAGGGAGAAGCUGGUUGAAGCGAUUGAGGAACUGAAGCUGGAUACAUUGGUCAUGGGUAGCAGAGGACUGAGUACUCUCAAGAGGAUAAUACUAGGAAGUGUGACAAACUAUUUGGUGACUCAUGCACCUUGUCCAGUUACCAUUGUCAAAGAGAAGCCUUGAUCUUGUUAGGUACUAUCAAUAAUGCAUGAUGUAUUACUACUUCAUGCAGUUGUGUUAUCCUUUAUUUAUAUUUGUCUCAGAUCUGUGUUGUGUGACAUGCAAAGUUGAAACAUAUUUAUAUAUCGUUGAAGUUGCUUUUAAAUAAAUUAUCUUGGACAACAAAUCAUAUAAA